AUGCCAUCCUCACUAGACCGCAUCUUCUCCUCCGCCGCCACAUCGCCGUCCUCCCAGCCCUCCGCCGGGUCCUCCACCCAACCCUACGACACAACCUCAGAUCCGGUGGUAAGAGAGCUACCCAAUGGCUACAAAAAGCUCGCAUCCGGAAUCGUGCUCGAUGCCACCGGGAAGCCCUGCCGACAAUGCACCUCCGGCUCCGCCUGGAUGAGCAUGAUGAAGCGCACCUCUCCCAACACCUCCAACUCCUCUUCAACCUCACGAGCCACUGCGGGUCUUGCCGGCCUAGGGGCUGCGGCCACCACCGCCAGCGACCCAGCUCCAUCCCCUCUCCAAUCGCAAGGCCAAGACGACUGCCCUCCCAACGUCGAGCAACUCGGCCGCGCCACCUGGACGCUCUUGCACGGCAUGGCGGCCUCGUACCCCUCCACCGCCAGCCCGAGCAUGCAAGCGACGGCACGGUCCUUCAUCCAGACCUUCUCGCAGCUCUACCCCUGCGGCUACUGCGCCGACGACUUCCGCGACUGGUUGAAGCAGCCGGGCAACGAGGUGCGGACCGAGGGCCAGGACGCCUUUGGGGAGUGGGCCUGCCGAGCGCACAAUGCCGUCAAUGUGAAGUUGGGCAAGACGGAGUUUGACUGUGCGCUGUGGAAGGAGCGGUGGAGGGACGGGUGGCGGGACGGAAGCUGUGGUUGA